AUGAAUCUUCUCUUCCCCUUCCUCCUCUUCUUCCCAUCUCUCUUCAAUGCCCAAAUCACCACCAAUUCACCGGCCCCGACUCCGACUCUUGCUCUCGACUCGACUCAACUUAAUCUCACGAGCGUGCUCGCUACGCAUGGCGGCACCGCGUUUGCUCUAGCCCUUGCAACUUCCACUGCCGCAGAAAAAGCCUUCAAUGACGUCGUUGAAGGUGGCUUGACUGUUUUUUGCCCAAACGAUGAUGUUUGGGGCCAGUUUUUGCCCAAGUUCAAAAACCUCACUCCGCCCGCUAAAAUCUCGCUCCUCGAGUUCCACGGUGUCCCGAUUUACAUGCCGUUGCCUGUUUUGAAGUCGAAUAACGGUGAAACCAAUACGUUGGCCACCGACGGUGCUGCUAAAUUCGACUUCACGGUGCAGAAUGAUGGCGAGGAUGUCACCAUUAAGACUAGCAUUGUGACGGCGAAGGUGGAUGGGGCUGGUUUCUUUGAUGAGGCUCCGUUGGUUGUUUUUUUGAUAGAUAAGGUUUUGGAGCCGGAAGAGUUGUUUACUGCCGAUGCGGUGGCUCCGGCUUCGGGUAAGGUGAAGGGGGACUCGGAUGUUGGAGUGUCACCGAUGUCAGAUUCGCCGGCGGAAUCUCCGGACGACUCUCCGGCCGAUCAAAAUGCUGACGGCAAUUCUGCGGUUAGAGUUAACGGUGGAGAGUUUUAUUUUGCGGCUGUAGUUUUUGGUGCAUGGAUGGGAUUUUCACUGCUGUAG